CCCUGCCGCCGCGCGCACCAUGCUGCCCCACGCCUCCUCCCGCAGGAUGAUGGCCCUGCUUAACUGGAUGCUUCAGGACUGCGCAGAGCAGGAGGAGAAGCUGGAGCGCAACCUGGCCCGAUGCCGGACUCUCCUUCGGACCUGGGAGGUGUCCAGUUCAGACUGCCAGCAUCUCGUCACCAGCGCAGAGCCGUGUCCUGACCAACCCGCCGCUGUGGCAGAGUCGAGUCCUUCGCCCGAGGAGCUCCGGGAGCUGGAGCUGCUGACCCGAGCCCUGGAAAAGGCCGCCCGAGUCCGACAGAUCGCCACAGAGGCCAAGGAGCGAGAGCAAGGAGUGACGGGCCGAAAGUCUACCCCGCCAAACCCUCUUCCAGGGCCGCAGGGGGCGGCGGGCCAAAAGGCCACCCUGCCAACCCCUCUUUCGGGGCCACAGGGAGCAGCAGGCCGGAAGGCCGCCCCGCCAAUCCCUCCCCCGGGGCUGCAGCGGGCAGUAGGCCGGAAGGUUGCCUCACUGGCCCCUCCCCUGGUGCUGCAGGAGCCCCCGCCUCUGCCCCAGUGGGACCACCCCAAGGCCAUCUCCUACAGGCCCAAAGCCCCGUACAGGACGGACUCAGACAAGAAACGGGUUCGAAAGAGGGCCCCGGCUCUCCAUCUUGGGGGUUUGGCUCCCAGGGACGCCUCCGGGCCACAAAGGGCGCCCGGGUCAGGACAGCCCACCCAAUCACCGCCCUCCCUCCUGCCCAGCAAGGGCAAGGGAACCAGGGCCCCCCAGAAGGACACUGCUGGGAGCGGGUCCACGGCCCCCAGGCCCCAGCAGAGGGUGGGCAGUCUUCCCGGCUCUGUUCCGGACUGUGGCAGGACAUGCGGAUGCCAGGCGCCAGAAUCUGCCGAGGGAAGGACGGUUCCAGGGGUCUUCACACUCCAGGAGAAUGGAACUCGGCUGAAGCUGCCUCAGUCCUACAGGAAACUCUAUGCCCAAAACACCAGCCUGUGGGCACAGAGCCAAGCCUGCCGGACCGAACCUGCCGCAGAGGAGGCGAGGAGGUGCUUCGUCGCCAAGAUCCAAGCUACCUUUGUGGCGCCGGGCUCGGUCCUCAGCCCCGGCCAGAUCCUCAGCCCCGGCCAGAUCUGGGAAGAGGUGCAGCUCCUGAGCGAGGCCUGCUGCCUGCUGGGCCGGCGUGUGGACGAGGUUGAGGCGUGUGUCGCUCCCGGCGAGGAGCCGGACCCCGUCAGCCUCCGGGCCCUGGAGCGGCUGGGAGCAGCGGUGGGAGGCUGUCUGCGACGGCUGGAGGAGCUGCGUCGAGGCAUGGACCGUGGCCAGUGCCCACUGGUGGGUGAGGAUGGUGGCCAGUGCUCCCCAGUGGCAGGCAAGGGUGGCAGGCAGUGUCCCCCGAUGGCCAGCGACCUCUGUAGCUGUGCCCCCGUGGGAGCCGUGAGCUGCCCCAGCGCCCGGGCCCUGGCCGUCCCGCUGUUGACGUACUCCAGCGCCCGGGAGCUGCGGGAACUGGCGGCGCUGAGACUGCAGGUGGCAACCCUGACCCGACAGAUCCACAUCGAGAAGGUGCUGAUGGCGGAGCUCCUUCCCCUGCUCGAGUCCCGAUGGCCCCAGGAGCCCGGGCUAUAUCGGGCAGCGCAUACACAGCUCUGUGACGGGGGCCGGCGCUUCCCCGUGCUGCUCUGGGAUGACCCGCCCGACUGAUCCCCGGACCGGACACCAUCCUCCCUCCCAACCCGUGGGUGAAGCUGCCGCCGGCAACCGCCCCUGAAAGGACCUCACCCCCGCCCCAAAAUAAACGAGAAUGUUCAGUUUC